CACAGUAAGCUUCCGUUUCAGAUUUCAGUCCACCAUCGCGUGCUUCGUCCUCCAAUCUUCUUUCCUACGCAGCAAAAACGCGAACAACCCCACCUAAAAGGGCAGACCAACUGGUGCACCGCCACCGGCACCGCCGCUGCAAUAGUUAUCAGUAAGAAAAGCUGCGGGGUUCACAAUUCACAUCAUGGAAGACAACAGAAGCCGCUACAGCCUCCUCCUCUUCUUGUCUCUCUUACUCCUCCCUUUCGCCUCCGCAGAGAUCAAGAAGCUCAAGAUCACGGCCGACUCACGAGCCAUGAUCCUCUUCGAGAAAUUCGGCUUCACUCACACCGGUCACGUCACGGUCAGUGUUACCGACGUCUCUUACUCUUCGUCUCUCUCGCAGCCCGAUCCCUCACGCUUUGGCUUCUUCCUCCUCUCCGAAGAAGCCCUCAUUCGAGUCCUCUUGGAAGCCGAAGAGAACCCUAAUUUCUGCGUCCUCGACAGCCAUUACAUCAACCUUCUCUUCACCUUCAAGGAUCUCUCGUUACCCCAGCGGAGCUACGACCAUUCAUACCCUGUCACCGCCCCCAAUGAAUACAGCCUCUACUUCUCCAACUGUGCUCCCGAGAGUCAGGUCACCAUGUCCGUCCGCACUGAGAUCUACAACACCGAUAAUGGCGUCAAUGACUACCUGCCCGCCGGGCAGACCCAGUUGCCCAUGCUUUAUUUUCUCUUCUCCCUCGCCUAUUUUGCUUUCUUAGGGUUAUGGAUCUACGUGUGCUAUAGCAACAAGCUCUCCCUUCACCGGAUCCAUCUCCUCAUGGCGGGUCUUCUGCUCACAAAAGCUUUGAAUCUGAUCUGCGCCGCUGAGGAUAAGCAUUACGUUAAGAUCACUGGGACCCCUCACGGUUGGGAUGUUCUCUUCUAUAUAUUCCAGUUUCUCAGGGUUGUUUUGCUCUUCACUGUCAUUGUCCUGAUCGGAACGGGUUGGUCUUUCCUGAAGCCCUUCUUGCAAGAGAGAGAGAAGAAAGUUUUGAUGAUCGUGAUCCCGCUCCAGGUUCUAGCCAACUUGGCUUCGGUGGUGAUUGGAGAGACUGGGCCCUUCAUUAAGGAUUGGGUCACUUGGAAUCAGGUGUUUUUGUUGGUUGACAUCGUAUGUUGUUUCGCCAUUAUUUUCCCCAUCGUCUGGUCGAUCAGGUCUCUGAGGGAGACCUCCAAGACGGAUGGGAAGGCAGCCAAGAAUUUGGCCAAGUUGACCCUUUUCCGGCAGUUCUACAUUGUUGUGAUUGGUUACUUGUAUUUCACUAGAAUCGUAGUGUUUGCUCUCAGGACCAUUUCUGCUUACAAGUAUCAGUGGGUAAGCAGUGCUGCAGAGGAGACUGCAAGUCUUGCUUUCUACUUGGUAAUAUUUUAUAUGUUUCAGCCGAUUGAGAAGAACGAGUACUUUGUCCUUGAUGAGGAGGAAGAAGAGGCUGCGGAGGCAGCUCUUCGGGAUGAAGAGUUUGAGCUUUAAAAUUGAUAUUGGAGAGGAGUUUGUGUCCCUUGUUAUGUCCUUUUCUGCUCCUGACUUUAACGUCGUGAGAGUUGGAUUAACAAAUUUACAAUUGAAGAGGAGUAUAUGUUCCUCAUUGCGACUUCUUGAAAUCUUGUGUUAUAUUCUGGCUUUUGGAAAUGGAAUUACUGUUUUUUUCAUCCUGCCGCCAUGCUAAUCCUGAAGUACCAGUAAGUUUUGUAUUUCAUUUUAGUUAUUCAAUCUCAUUUUAAAGGAACUGUUUACUCUAACAA